UUGCGAGGCGGUUUAGCAGAAGUAUUGAAAGUUGUGAAGGGUGAUAGGAAGCUCAGAGCAUGAAAAAGUGCAGUCGCCAAAACUUACCGCAUGGUCAUAAGACAAACUAUGCUGAAGACACUUGUCCGUUUCCAUUAAACGGCUUCAGGUACUUUGCGUCCAGAGCGCACUCCGGGUUUGUUUUCAGUCGAACCGGCAGUUGAACGAGAGACUGUUGAUUCCGAAGACGUUGCCGGGGCUUGACAGAGCUCCUGCCGGGAAAUGCGCUUUGUGGAAGGACCGCUGACAGAGUGCUGAAGAGAGAGACAGCGGCAGAAACUUUGUUUACACGCGCGUACUUUAACUAGUGUGUUAAAAGACUCCGAACACUGUCAAACCAUCGCAAGCUGCAGCACGUGUAGGUUUUUCCUGACCAGUUAAAAGUUGACUGUUGUUGUGCAUGCACUUGGCUAUGGUGGAACAAACGAGCGUAACGAACACCGACGCGCUCCCCGGCGACUCCAUUGAUUCGGGGGAAAUGGACCUAGACAUGGACGCGUCUCCGACUCCCGGUUCCCCGAACUCAACUGGGGACAAAAUGGACAUCGCCUGGUGCAAAACCCCAUCCGGGCACAUCAAGAGGCCAAUGAACGCGUUCAUGGUUUGGUCGCAGAUAGAGAGGCGCAAGAUUAUGGAACAGUCGCCGGACAUGCACAACGCGGAGAUCUCCAAAAGACUGGGCAAACGCUGGAAACUUUUGAAAGACAGCGACAAGAUCCCCUUCAUCCGCGAGGCAGAGCGUCUGCGCCUCAAGCACAUGGCAGACUAUCCAGACUACAAAUAUCGACCGCGGAAGAAGGUGAAAUCGUCCAGCGGCAAGACCGGAGAGAAAAGCGAGCGAGUCAGCGGCAGCCCCGGCGCUAAGUCUGCAUCCAAAAAGAGCUCCAAAACUCUCAGCAGGACGCACAGAAAGUCCGCAGCGCUCGAGCUGCCUUCCCUCUCCGCCCCCGCAGACCACCACGCGCUCUACAAAUCCAGGUCGGUCUCUGCCGCCAAGCAAGUUCCCGAGAAACCAGCAAAGCGCGGGCAUGUUUUCGGAGGAUGCAGCACUGAUAGCAGCCCGCCCUCCGUCGCUGUGCCUGCCAGUCCCACUCUGAGCAGCUCGGCGGAGUCCAGCGACCCGCUGAGCUUGUAUGAGGACGGGCUCGCGAGUGGAAAAGAGGACAGCGAGUGCACCGCGCGCUUCAAAUGCACCCGCGCGCCGUCUCCAACGCCCUCCGCGUCGCACUCAUCCUCCUCGCAGUCCUCCUCCUCAGAUGAGGAGUUCGAGGACGAGCUGGCGGACCCCAGUCCCGGCUUUGACAGCUUCGGCACCUUUGGCACUGCGCCUCUGGACAGAGACUUGGAGUUCAAUUUUGAGUCGGGCUCCGGCUCGCACUUUGAAUUCCCCGACUACUGCACCCCAGAGGUGAGCGAAAUGAUAUCAGGGGACUGGCUCGAAUCGACAAUAUCCAACUUGGUGUUCACUUAUUGACUAUAAGACAUAUUGAAACGUAAUCUUUAUGACUGUCGUAAAGAUGGAGGAAUGAAAAAGUCCUCCUCGAGACGAGUCGACGACAUGAUUCCUUCUAUUUAUCAUGCAUCUGAUACUGUGGGUUGUCAUUAUCCACUGACAAGAGUGCAGAUGAAAGUGCUUAGCUUGCUCGUUUGGUGCUGCAAGGAGUGACUUAUAGGCGCGCGCUUUGGAAGCUGAGGUGGGCAUUGCGCGCGCGGUUGGCGAGUUCAAGUUGUCCGCGCUCUUCAACUUAAAAAGGGACGUUUUAAAUAAACAGUCAAAUGCUUGUUUUGGUGGAGGUACUGAAUGGAGAACAGACGAAGUUGUUCGUUAGACCAGAAUCGCAUGCUUUCAUUGUGAUUGAACUACGAAAGGCAGGGGUUUAGUCAUUGAAACAGAAUGGCAGCACCACAGACGCAAAAAGAAACACAAUCACCAGCUUUUCUGUCGACAUGACAUAAUGAUUCAAACGCAACUCAGAUGAUCAGCUUUUUACACUACAAAUCAGGACCAAAAUUCAUCCGAGGAGCGCUCUCUCUCUCUCUCUCUCUCUCUCUCUCUCUCUCUCUCUCUCUCUCUCUCUCUCUCUCUCUCUGCUUUUUACUUUUUUAUCCUGUGUUUCUCUCCCAAGUAACUUUUCAGUGCUGGCAUUUUUAUAUCGAUGUAUUUAUAAUGGCCAAACAUUGCUCCUCUUUCCCCUUUCAAUUGUGUUAGUCUGUUUUGUGUAUAGCCUACACAUGCACAUGUCUGUCUCUGUCUCUGAAGGGCUAGACUUGUUUUGUAUUAUUUAACUGAUGACCUCUCACAUGGAAAGGAGAUUAAAUGUUUCAUUAUUUUCUGAGUGUAUUUUUGUACAAAAUCUAUUUGAGGGGGUGUCAAUCGGUGAUUAUCGCUGUUUGGAUUUCCGAUUUUUAAAACCAGGGGGUCGGGUUGUCACAAAAAUCUGCCUCCUAAACAUGUUUACAGUGUCAAUCCACAGGCUUCUUAAAGAGACAGCGUCUGCAUUUCAACGACCAAUCAUCAUUAGCCUAAGAAGCGUGCUGAACGAGGUUGUAUGUAGCUGCAGCCACGUCUGCAAUUUAUCACGUCCUUGUUGGGGAUGCUGUACAUUUUUGAAUACCAAUUUCUUUGUGCUUUUCUAGUGACGCGUUUCGGUUUUAACCACUGGAUGGAAUUACAGAUAUGGUUGAAAUGCCUACAAGUUCAUGAACAAUGAAGUAUGUCUUCACUCCAUAAUUGUACAAGGAUAUGUAAUCUUUUCUACUUGUUGGCUAAAUGUAGCUAAUUGUUUUAGUAUAUUAUGGCAUGGCGAAUAGCAUUUUGUAUUUCUCAAUUCAGGUUUAUGUAGAGCAGUUGUGUUUAAGGCAGAGGAUCCACAUGAAGAUUUCUAUGUAUAUUGACUGUAAAAUAAGUAAAAGAUUGCGUGUUUAUGUCUGACGAUGAUAUAUCAUGACAGGAAUGAGGACUUAUAUCUUUAUACAUCCCUAUAUGUUUAAGAGUGUUGUUCAUGAGUUUUGGAAUAUAUAUAUAUAUAUAUAUGUUUUAUUGUUUAAUUGUGUGCAAUAUGCUGUGUACAAUAUUGUUUUGUCUCAUCAUACCAUAUCUCAACAUUUGAGAAGUGAACUCAAAGCCAGCCAAUUGUGUCAUGUCACUGCCUGUCAGACCUCUGUACAGAACUUUGUCUUUUUCCAAGAAGGAAAUAAAAUCAGCUGGAACUGAA